UACGUCAUUCCUUAUAAUAAAAGAGUGCCAAAAAGUGACGCACGGGUGUAUCUAAAACACAUUAUUAUUAUAUUAUCACUUUUGUGAAUCGAUUGAAACCAAACUAAAACUACUAUUAUCUAAAGCCUUUAAUCAGUUCAACAUCGCGUCGAUAUCUGUUAUUAGUUUAGAAAAAUAAGCGAUUUGUCAUCUUACUCACUUCGUCAUUUUACCCCCCUUCUUUCCCUUAUCUGUUGAGUCUGUGUGUGUGUGUGUCCGUGUGUGCGUGUCUCUUGAUGUGUUAUGUGUGUUGCCCUAGAUAGUGCACUCUGCAAUGAGCGGGCACUGUCUAUGCUAGUUUUUUACGGCAACAAUAUCUUAUUUUUAGUUGCACAGUUAUACCUAGUACUGACUCUUAUUGGCAAUAUAUUUUUUUAAAUAUUUUUGAAAUUAUAGAGCCCUAUAACUACUCUUAUCAAUAUCUUAUCUGUAUCAUGAUAUUAUUUAGAUAAUUAUUAUCUUUAAUUGCUAUAUAUAAAAGGAAAAUGAAAAAUCUUUUGACAGACGUGUGCGUACAUAAACACAUUUCGCACUGAUAUUUUUGAAGAUAGUGACACAAUCAACCGCCUUUUUAUUUGGAUUCUAGUUUAGUUUGAUCAUACAUUUUUAUACGCUAACUCUUUUAUAGUUGAAGGAUUCCGUACUGAAUCGUUCCUGUACAUAAAAAGUGAAUACAAAUAAGAAUAAAAAGAAUAAAAAUAAAAGGAGACGGAAGAUAAAUACUUAAAUUUUAGAAGAGUGUAUAUAGUUCAGGCUGGUUUCCACUUGGCCGACAAUAUAAAUGCGCGACCACUGCUGCACUGUGUUAUAGUACUUACAUAAUAAUGAUAGAUCUACAUGUACGCGAAAUACUAAUAACACUCCAGUGCGGGGAUAUAAUCCACGUUUUUGAAGACAAUGAUAUUGAUUAUGAAGCUUUUAUGCUUCUCACAGAAUCAGAUCUUCGAACUUUAAUACCGUCAUCUCUGGGAAAAAGAGUAAAAAUUUUAAAUUAUAUACAAAAGUUUCCCAAAAGUCAAGAAGUUUCGAGCUUUCAAGAACCGAGUACUUCACAAGUUAAUACAAAUAAAACUGUGAAACCAAGUGUUAUGGCAAACGAGAAAAAUCGAUCCAUUAAGCCUAAAUUAGAGGAAACAGGAUCCGGUAAUAGAAACAUGGAAAUCAGUGAAAAGUGUAUUUCUCUGGAUUCUAGCGACCAAUUAUUAUCAAAAAUAAAAACAACGGAAAAAAGAAAGAAAGAGCCUACAGUAAAAAACAUGAUAAAACGAAAAAUAUGGCAGCAAGAAUUUUCAUGGCUGGCAAUCAAGAGUGAUAUAUUUUUUUGUAAAAUUUGCCAAAAAUCUUUUAAAGUAGAAGGACGAAUACAUUUAAAACGACAUGAGGAUGGAAAGUUACAUAAAAAAAGACUUGGUUUUCCAACUGAAGCUCCAAACAUUGUGACAAAACAUAGCUCGAAAAUAAAGACAGAAGCCAAAAAUUCAAUUCUUUUAAAAUUGCUGGAGUUUUUAGUCGAACAUGAUCUGCCAUUUACAUUAUUAGAACAUUUGAUAGAAUUAUUGUCCUCAGUCUGUUCAGAUUCAAAAAAUUCCAAGCAGAUUACUUGGAGUAGAGCAAUGGGACAAGAGUUUAUUGAUAAUUUAGAGGCUAAAAGUCUAAAUAAAACAGUUGAAAAACUAAAGACUGCAAAAUUUUCAUUAAUAAUUGAUGAGACAAUUAUCAACACUAGCAAAUGUUUAGUGAUUAUUGGCCGAUAUUUUGACGACGACACAAGCAAAGUACAAGAGCAGUUCUUGGGAUUAUCAAAAGUAUCCACUUGUACAGCUGCUGCAUUGUAUACAUCCAUAAUUAAAUUUCUCACGUUGAACAAUAUUCCGCAAAAAAAUAUGAUUGGGUUAGCAGCCGAUAAUGUAUCGGUUAUGAUGGGAAAUUUAAGCAAAGUGCAAACAAAAUUCAGAGAAGUAUUACCGUACUUAUUUGUGAUAGGUUGUACAUGUCACUCUUUUUACUUGUGUGCAUCUGCAGCUUAUUCAAAGCUACCGGAAAACAUUAAGGAUCUUGUGCAAGAGAUCUAUUCAUAUUUCUCUCACAGUUGUAAGCGUUUAGAACAAUUUGCUGAGUAUCAAAAAAUUGCGAAUCUUGUACCCCAUCGAUUGCUGCAUCCGAGUCAAACACGAUGGUUAUCGUUGGAAUCUGUCUUUAAUACAAUGUUAAUACAAUGGAAAGCUUUAAUUCAAUUUUUCGAAAUUGACUCGAACAAAGACAAUUUGCAGUCUGCGACUGUGAUUCUUAAAGCGUUGCAAAAUCCAAUUAACCAAUUAUAUCUACAGCUCCUCUCUUACAUUCUUGGUUUGUUAAAUUCACUCAAUCAAUGUGAAUCUCAAAAUAGGGAAACGUUGUUCUACUCUAUGCUCGAACGAGUAACUAAUGUAUAUAAAAAAUUACUGAAAAGUUAUUUAAAUAAUGAAUAUGUUUCAAACACACGAACACACUUGAUUGAUCCCGAGAAUAAGCAAGAGUACAAGCCCAUUGAGCAAUUAAACUUCGGAGAUCAGACUUCGGAGAAACUAACUAUUUUGUCUUCUGACGAUGUUAUAUUUUUUAAAGUGAAAGCUCGUAAUUUCUACAUAGAGCUUUGCAAAGAAAUAAGACGUCGUAUUGAAUUUAAUGAUCCAGUACUGCCAGCAUUAUCAGUUUUAAAUCCUAAAACUGCACUUUCUGGUACUAAGUCAAUAAGAUGGCUGACGUACUGCUUUCCAAAUCUUGUUCGUGAAAAUACACUCGAAAAACUGAAUGCGGAAUGGAAAUUACUACCCAAAAUAACCAACUACCCAAACAUCAACCUUAGUUUUGAAGAAUUCAUCAAUUGGCUUGGCGACAUAAAGAAUCAGACAGGAAAUGUAAUGUUUCCGACUUUACAUCGGUUUAUAAAAGAUAUCGCGUGUUUGCCUCACAGUAGCAUAGCAGCUGAACGGAUUUUUUUCCAAUUACAUUUGAUAACAAAACAAUGAUUCAAAACAAGCUCGAAGUUGUAACGUGUAAUGCCUUACUUCUCACUAAAGAACUUUUUCAUACAAAAGUCUGGUACGAGUCAAGUCUCGACAGCAUUUUACUUUCAAAAAAUGCAAGGGAUAUAGAUUCAGAAAGUGAUGAGGCCUAAUUCUAAAAGCGAUACACAUACACGCACACAAUGUGCCUACAUACAAUUUUAAAGAACUAAAGUAAUGUAAGGGAAUAUUGGCACGCAAAAAAAUAUAAUAAAAAUAAAAUAAAUAACAUAAACAAAUAAUAUACAUAAUGUACAUGUAAAUAAAUGUCAAAAAUAUUUUUAAUAUAAAAAAUUAAUAAAGUUACAAACCUCUGAAUGUUUAAACUGUA